AUACAACAAUUAUCGUACACUGGGUCACGCCGAGGCCGGAGGACCCGCGGCAGACGCUCCUCUUCGGGCCCUUUGUUUACACUGGACUGGACCCCAGCUGACCUUGGAUGACCCUGGCACCCACACACCCUGCCGAGGACCCACCCGUCUGCUGUUGACCCUGGCACUCACACACACCCUGCCAGAGAAAGCAAGCUUGUAGCAGGGACCAGUUCGGCUGAAAUACUGUCAAGAUAAUGGAUCCUGCAUCAUUACCUCCACGUAAUCUGAGAAAACGAAAUAACAGAUUUACAAUACAACAAAAUAUAUUAGGAUCUUCUGAAGAGGAUUCUUUUGAAGACGAAAAUGAUUCAGGGUUUGCAUGUAACAUAUGCUUUAAAACAUUUACUUCAAUAAAGUUGCUUAAGAAACAUGUAGCCAAGCAUGAUAGUAAAAACAAUGAUAGUAAAAACCAUGAAUGCAAAGUGUGUGGGAAAGUGGUGACCAGUAAAGUUAGUUUGCAGCAGCACAUGAGUGUACACAGUGAGGAAAAGAAUUUUAUGUGUGAGGAGUGUGGGGCGCGCUUCAGACUGAAACGUUUCCUUCGUAGGCACCGACUGAUUCAUAUGCCAAAAAUUUACAAGUGCGAUAUGUGCAGAAGGAGCUUUGCUCUUUCCUCUCAUCUUGAAUUGCACCAGAAAACACAUGGAGACAAGAGUGAACAGCUUGUAGACCAAAAGCCAGACUCAGAUGCACACUCACCUGUUACCAGUGGAGAUGAAGGUUCCAAUGAAAGUGAUGGUGCAGAAGGUGAAUGUAAAAAAAUCAAGUUUUCCACUUAUAUGGAACAACACCAUAAAGGUGAAGAUAAUUCAUCAGGAACCCACCCCCAGGGGUCAGGCAACAAAUCCUCAAGCAGCAUUAAACAGUUUGAAUGUAACCAAUGUGGCAAACUCCUUGGAACAAGUAGUAGUCUUCGUGUGCACUUGAAGAGUGUUCACAGCGAUGUUAAAAAGUAUGAGUGUCCCAUAUGUAGUCGAGCAUUUGCAAGAAAAAAUUACCUGCAAUUGCAUAUGGCUGUCCACACUGGUGAAAAAAAUUAUGAGUGUGAUGAGUGUGGUAGAUCUUACACUCAAAGAAGCAGCUUAAACACACAUAUGAAGUCACAUAAAAAUACACAUACAUGUCCAUUGUGUAAAAAAUCAUUUGAAAAGAAUAUUCAAUUGGUGCAGCACCUGGAAGAACACAAGAAGCAGUAUGAAGCAAAUGGUGAGUCACUACCAACCCAAGAUCAACUUUCAGACCAAGUCAGUUUUCUAAUUUCCUCAAACUUGGAGUGUCCUCAGUGUGGUAAGAACUAUGCCACAAAGAGCAGCCUCACCACCCACCUACAGAGUGUGCACAGUGACGUGAAGAAGUUUCAGUGUCUGGAGUGUGAUAAAACAUUCUCAAGAAAAUGCUACUUGGAUGUCCAUAAGGCUACCCACACUGGUGAAAAGAAAUAUACAUGUGAAGAGUGUGGUAAAAGUUUUGCACAAAAAAGUACCUUGAAUACACAUAAGAACUUACACACCAGUACACACAAAUGUACUGAGUGUGGCAAAACAUUUGGCAGGAAAGGCCACCUAGUGCAACACCUUAAGCAUGUGCACAAGAUUGCCGAAAGAGUGGAGGAACCUGUAAAUGUGGAGGUAGAUGUAGAGAUAAAUUUAUAUAAAGGUGAUGAUGGAUUUCAGUACACUAAUGAGGAGAUGAGUGGAUGCAGUUAGAUGGUUCUGAUGUAUUUAUUUUAGCUGAAAUGAAGGAAGAAUUAUACUUAGUUAAAAGAAAUGAUAUAUAGGUACUUCUGAUAAUCUCACUAAACUAAUCAGUCAGCCAUGCACUCAAUAUUUUAUUAUGAUGAAGUUAAUGAACAAAGCAAAAUAUGUUUCCUACUAUUAACAUGAACUUGAAUCUUAUGUGAAUGCAGGGAAUUAUUUAGAAAAAGUCACUGCCAUACUUUGCAUUGUCUGUUAUCAAACUUUCCAUGUAAAUUUUAAGUAUAUAUUACUGAUAUAUUUUAUCAUAGUAAGUAUACAUGAUUCAUGAAAAAUAUUAUUUUAGUAUGAAAGCAUCUAAGGUUACUCAAUGCCACUGACAACACCAGUUACACUGUUUUUUUUGGCAUUGUAUUUUUACUUUCAACUUAGACCUCUAUAGUUUUUCACCCAAGAAAGUAACAAAAUAAUGAACAAGUUUUGGAGCUGCCUUGCAUGGAGAGAUCAGAUCCUUGCAGACUUAUUAUUUAAACACCGAAUGACUUCAACUUGUUCCCUUUGGUCACAACAUUCUGGGUGCACAAAGGUCCUUGCCUGACCUGUGUGGUUACUUGCUUGGUUGACCUUUCCUCAGCACUAUUAGAGGAUCAAAAGAAAAAUAUGAAGGCCCCAGUUGCAGACAACAAUACUUACUUAAAUCAUUUUGCAAUACAUGAGAAUGAGACACAGGUUUUGCAAGAGGUGUGUCAUAUGCAUAUCAAGAGCAUGAAAUUUAUCAUUCAUACAUAAUCAACAAGUCAGGGAUGUCAGCAUCUUUCUAAAACUGGUCUGCUGUAGGUGUCAGCCCUUUGAAUGGGUGCUGAGCUUGGUUGCUAUAUUUUACUUCAACCCUUAGACGGUGGUGGAACUAUAUAUAGGCGGCCCAAAAUUCAGUCAGUCAGUUUUGUAUGGCAGAAAUAUAACCACUUCCUGAUUGCAGUAGAACCUAUACAUAGACAACAAUCAAAACAUCCAUUAUGUGGUUUAACUAUAUUUAUGCUACUGUCCUAAGGUCGGCAUUGACUAUAUAUAGAUGAUUCAUUUUGGGGGGAGCUACUCUUCAAAUACUGCUGCCGUCUAAGGGUUAAGGAAAUUACAUCUGUGCAGUUGGUCUUUUUUUUUUUUUUAUGCAAUAUGUAGUGGGUUUCAGGGAUGGUGGGCCCAUAAUUUAACUAUUGAUAAUGAUUUUAUAAUAGUUUUAAUAGUUAUAUGUAAUGAUUUUUAUGCUUAUUGAGUAAAAAAGUAAAGUAAGGAUUAUAGGUAUUGUGAAACUUUUUUUUCUUCUAUAGCAGCAGCAGGCUCUCUUGAGGGGGCCAGGUGGAUGACUGCAGAGAAAAUGUUUGUCUGUAUCUUACAAUGCUAAAAGAACGAGAGUAAUUUAGCUUAGGAAAGUAAAACUGCUUAAUUUUCUAGAGGGUAGAUUUAUAAGCUUAGAUUUGAUAUAAGAAAUACUGGUGACCAUCUAUGUUGGACAGCUGUUUUAAUGCAGUAGUACGUACACUUAGGGCCACUUUCACAGUUCGCCAUAAUGGGUUAGUGAGCCUCAAUCCAAACUAAUACCAAAGACUUCAAAAAUUUCUCAUGUAGUGUUUGGGGUUCAUAUUCAAGUUAAGAAAGUUGAGGAAACCAUACCGGAACUCAUGUAUCUGGUGUUGCAUUGAAAACCUGACCAUUGUGGAGUGUAGAAGAUUAAAUAGUUUGGUUUGGGCGAUUAUAAACCCACUGUGCUGGACUCUGAAAUUGGCUCUAAGGGUGGACGACCUCAAGAAAGGGUGAAGACCUGAAAAGGGUGACCUUGAGAACUGUUAUUGACGGGUAAUGGUCUUUCUUAGGGUGUACAUGAUUAUGGAGUGUGCAGCUGUCUGGGGGUUGAUGGGUAGAGGUAUGUGAGAAAAAAACUGAAUAAUCAUGUAGUUAUGCAAGUGGAGUCUGUAUUAGGUCUGUGUUGUUUCAGUGAAAUCAGUUUACAUUAGUGAAUAUAAGGAAUUGUAUAGCUGGAUCAGUAAACUGGUGAAGAAAA